AUGAGGGGCCAGGCUUCGCGCGAUACCGAGGAACUCAUUAUGAGAGGGCCACGAGACGCUGCAUACGUUGGGGUUCAAAUGACAGAAAGCCCAUGUCCACGCUCCCAAGAACUGAAGACGUUAACGGGGUGGUUAAGCGGACAGAAGGCUGUUGGGUUGCUGGGCAGACGGUUACUUUGCGGAGAGUCUAAGCCAGUGAAUGGGGUGCGAAAUGGGGCGACUGUCCAAUGGCCUCCAGCCAUGUUGUCGCAAAAGGAAGCCGCUAGUGAUAUAACCCCAGUGUCAUUGGGUAAUGGAAAGCUUCGGAGCAUCAGGCACACAAGCAGAAAAUCCACUUCAGCAAGGGAGGGUCAUACCCGAUCUGAAAAACUGGCGGCCGGUUAUCUAUUGGCAGACAUGACAGACCACAUGCACGCACACAAGUACACAUAUUGCAUCUAUUGCUCGCCAUCUUCUGGAUAUCUCGGACCCGGUAACAUCCCAUGCUUUUCGAUACACAAAUCAAGCCGAGCCAACCUCCAGGCCCAUGCUUUUGCCUAUGCACCAACGGUGAAACGAAAAGGGACCGCCAUGGUACCGAUGCUUGUUAUUGACCGAUCAAUCGCGUCCCAUCCAUCAAAGUUCUCCGAAAGCUUCGUGUUGAUAUGUUUACCUGCAAACUCAGAAUCAACUUUGAGUUUGUCCCACGGCGUGCGGGUUGCUGCACCAGCAUUCAAAUCUUGA